GUCGGUCGGACAGCAGUCCCAGCUCCCUCAUACCUGCGCAGAGCAUCUAGAGCCGCUUUCCUCCCAACAGGACAGUCGCACUGCACCAAGCUGAGAGAAGCUGACGGAAAAUACUUUUUACAGCCAAGAAGUCAGUCCAUCCUGCAUCAGCUGAAAUGCUGCUGUGCAGAAACCGACAUGUUGAAAUACUUCCACUUCUCGCUGCGGUCUGCAGUCUCACUCUGGCCUUCCCCACCCAAACUCCAUCUGCGUUUGAUGAUGUCCGGCAGCUCCAGGUGAACAUCCCCCACUCAGGUCCAAUUUCUGCCCCACUAGGCAGCUCCAUCUCCAUCCCCUGCUUGGUGUCUCUAUCUUCCACACCCACCUCCUCGUCUUCCUCCCCAGUUGCACCGCGUGUCAAGUGGACUGUGGUGUCCGGUGGGGUGGAGACACAGAUCUUGGUGGCGAGGGGUCAGAGGGUGAAGGUCAACGAGGCGUACCGAGACCGCGCUGCCUGGCUCAACUAUACUUCCUCCCCUGAUGAUCUGUCUCUGUGGUUGGGAGAUUUACGUUCCAGCGACUCGGGUCACUAUCGCUGCGAGGUGCAGCAGGGCCUGGAGGAUGCCAGUGACCUCGUACAACUCAAGGUCAAAGGUGUUGUAUUCCACUAUAGAGAUGCUUUGGGCCGUUAUGCGUUCUCCUUCAAUCAGGCCCAGAGGGCUUGUGAGGCCAUCGGGGCCCAAAUUGCCACUCCUGACCAGCUGCUGGCGGCUUAUUAUGACGGCUACGAGCAGUGUGAUGCAGGCUGGCUGGCAGACCAGUCCGUCAGGUACCCAAUCCAAGUUCCCCGUGAAGGUUGUUAUGGAGACAUGGAUGGCCAACCAGGAGUGAGAAACUAUGGGACAAUGGAUCCAGAUGAUCUAUUUGAUGUUUACUGUUAUGUAGAGGAUAUUGAUGGGGAAGUGUUUCAUGACUCCAUCCCACAGCAGUUGUCAUUUUAUGAGGCGCAGUCAUACUGCGGAGCAGCUGGAGCAGAGCUGGCUACAACAGCACAGCUGUACUUGGCAUGGAGUGAAGGUCUGGACCGUUGCAGCCCUGGCUGGCUGUCUGAUGGCAGUGUACGCUACCCCAUUAUACACCCUAGAGAGCGCUGCGGAGGGCCUCAGCCAGGCGUCAAAACCCUCUACCGCUUCAGCAACCAAACUGGCUUUCCAGAGCCAUCCAGCCUUCAUGAUGUUUAUUGUUUCAGAGAUAAUAGAAAUACUCAUACCGACUCUCCCAUGGACUAUAUGGCCACAGAGCCCGAGGACAUUGGACAAGAUGUUGUUAUACUUACUGAAACAGAUCAAGAGCUGCAACUGAACCAACAUGUACAACACGUGGAGCUCAAAGCUCAAAGGGUGCUUGAAUCUUUUCGUCUAUACUCCAGCCCUUCCACUGAGGAAAACCUGGUUGACACACACCCAACAGUCAUAUCAGAUACAACAGAGUCUUCCCUCAACACCACACCAACAUUGAGCCUCCUGCAGACAUCUGAUGAAACUUCAUCUUCUACAGAAAUGAGCUAUGACUCCCAGCAUACUUCAGCACUGAUGAACAGUACUAUCAGCACCACAGAAACCCAGAACUCCACACAAAACAUAUCGUUGCUGUCCAGUGUUUACAAUGAGACAGAUUCCCACCACAACUUGAACUUCACCUUUCACCAGUCUGAGCUUGAAAGCACCACAGGAUUUCCUGAAUCAUCGUAUGAACCUCAGACACAUAACCAGACAUUUCCAGGCACUAGUCUGGAUUUAAAUACACAGCCAACUGAGAGCCCAAAAUAUUCCCAAGAAACACAAGCGAGCAACCUGAGUUUUGACACAUCACAAGGCAAUUACAGCAAGACAGACAGCAAUCAUACUCAAGAGGAGAGUUUUUGGGAGGUGACCCUUAUGACCCGUGAUCCCAUGGUUCAGGUGGAGUUGGAGGAGGCAGAAUUAGAAGAUCCUGGGCAGAUUUCUCUCUCAACUCAGGCCUCAGAAGAAGAACUCGUUACACAACCAACACAAACUACAAAAUCCUACAAUAAGGAGCUAACCUCAUUGUUGGCCCAUCUGGAUGGGUCUGGAGAUAUUUCUCAAGAGAGUGACCUUGAUGUCAAAGCAGUCAGCUUCUCCACAUCAGAGUCUUCCACUUCAGGUUUCACCACUCACUCAUCACCUUCUGCUUCGGCUAGCGGCGCUCCUGCUGAGUCUCAGACUGCACUCCCCGAUCUGGCGCUCUCAUCUGGUUCACACCAUUCUGACAAUCUGAGCUUGGAUAUCCUCUCCACAGCACCACAGUUGUGGGAGUCCUCCAUUUCUAGACAAGAGGGAAGUACAAGCAUAGAAAUGGAAGAUACGGUCACUAUGGAAAGUGAAGAAAAACAGCUCCACCCGACAAAGUCUGAAGACAACCUCGUUUCUGGGGUAAGUUUAGCUACCACUGAGUCUCCAGAGGGAUUGAACACCUCUCAGUUGCCUACUGAUCCCACCACGGCAUGGUAUCAUACAUCAGGUUACAGAGUGUAUUUGGAUACUUCGACCACUGGGUAUGAAGAGGCAAGUGGACAGGAACCUGAAGAAGCUAGUGUUGUCCCAACCCUUGAAGACGAAACUAUAGUUGCCCCAACCCUUGCCCUAAUAAAAGAAGAUAGCAUUACCCCAACCCUUGAAGAAGAAGCUAGUGUUGCCCCAGACCUUGAAGAAAAUGCCACUGUUGGCCAAACCUUUGAGGAAGACAUUACCAUCUUUCCUCUCGAUUCACAAACAUCUAACUGGGCUCUGCUGACCACCACAACUGGACCCCAAGAGUCUCUAAAUGACCUCGAGUACAGCAGAAAAACCUCUUCAAUGACCUCCACAGCAGCUCCAGAUUCCUCCUCGAGUACAAAACCCACUGCUGCUGCCACGAAGACGACUACCACCACCACGAAGACCACCACACACUGGUCCAGACGCACCUGGAGCCCAACCACCUCGACACCAAAGGUUUUCCACAUGACAGCCGAGCCCAAGAAGGUGACAGCCUUCAUACCACCAGUGGAUCAAGGUCUUGUGGAUGUUGAGUUUAGUCUCACCCAGCCACCCACCCUGCUUAUCUUGCCCAAUGAGAGGGCAGCUGUAGGCGGUACAGGGAAAGCUUCAGAUGCUUGCCUGGGCGACCCCUGUCUCAAUGGAGGCACAUGCACUGACCAAAGUGGGCAGAUUAAAUGUCUCUGUUUGCCAACAUAUGGAGGAGACUUCUGUCAGACCGACGUGGAGCAGUGUGAACCGGGUUGGGAUAAAUUCCACGGUUUUUGCUACCGACACUUCAGCCAGCGUCUGAGCUGGGAGGUCGCAGAGCAGCAGUGCCGUAUGCUGGGAGCCCAUCUGGUGUCCAUCAUGACCCCUGAGGAGCAGAAUUACAUCAACAGCAACUACAAAGAAUACCAGUGGACCGGCUUGAAUGAUAAAACCAUUGAGGAUGAUUUCCGCUGGUCUGACGGCAACCCGCUGCUGUAUGAGAACUGGUACAGAGGGCAGCCAGACAGCUAUUUUCUCUCUGGUGAAGACUGUGUGGUGAUGGUGUGGCACGAUGACGGACGCUGGAGUGACGUACCCUGCAACUAUCACCUUGCAUACACCUGCAAGAAAGGCACCUCCUCAUGUGGUCCACCGCCCAAAGUCCGAAACACCUCCAUAUUUGGAAAAGCCCGACAGAGAUACGAGACCAACGCAGUGGUGCGUUAUCACUGCGCUCAGGGUUUCCAGCAGAGACUAAAUCCUCUGAUCACGUGUCUGUCUGGAGGCAGGUGGGAGAGGCCCCAGAUCCUGUGCAUUCCUGAGGCCGGAGGUCCAACCCAACAUCCCGAGGCGACGUCACAGACCAGCAGCAGCUUUUCCUCCACUGAAGACGAGUUUGAAGCCACUAAAGAGACACUGCAGUACUGGGACAUCAAGUUUUAAAAGUCAGCCACGCUUUCCUUGUCUUCCUUUCUUAAAUUCUGCUGUUGUAACGUGACAAGAUGACAAAGAUCAAAUGCUUUUACCAAUGAACGCUCAAACAGGACAAAAUGAACUACAGACGCAUAAAGACACCUGAAGUUUUCCUCUCAGCCUGAGUGCACAGACAGGCUAAGUUUUCUUUUGAGGGAGUUAAAUGUUCCUACUUUUUUAAUGUCCUUAAGAAUAUUUUCCACUGUACAGAGUUUCAUGUAGUGACUAGCAGAUAUUAAAGUGAAAGAAAUACAGUAAAUGUGUGAACUCAUGUCAGCUCCAAAUCUUCAUUCCAGUAAAGACAGUUAUUUGUGGUUCUUUAUAUAAAAUGGUGCUAAUGUCUUCCAGAACUUUGUAUCCAACAGAGGUUUAGUUUUCUGUGUGUAGGAGUAAAGUCCCUACUUUUUCAAAGAAUCUUAACAACUCCAAAGCACAAAGUCAAUCUUAACAAACAGUCAAUAUUGUACAUAUAUUAGUUUACACACCUGUGAUUGCUGUCCGCAUUUUUCUGAGAGAAACCUUUUAUUUCCAGCAGACACAGUUUUGUUCGUCAGCUUUAUGUUGUAAUAAAGUUUUGUAGAACAGAACAAAGAAUAAAUCGUUCUC